CAGACCCUUCUCCCCGCCCCACGGUGCUGUGCCGUUCAUCAGCUGGUAGAGAGUCUAUCAGCUGAGAGGGGGGUGGAAGAGGAAGGAAGAUGGAAAGCAACAGAGACGAAGCUGAAAAAUGUAUUAGUAUCGCCACGGAAGCCCUUCAAGAUGGAGAUAAAGAAAAGGCGGUUAAAUUUUUGCGUAAGGCUGAAAAGCUCUUCCCGACCGACAAGGCAAAGGUGAUACUGGAGGCUCUGUCAAGGAACGGCAGCUCGACAGGCAACGGCACUGCUCACCACCGAAAGUCCUCUGAAAAUAACAACGCCAACCAUAACGAAAGAGCUGGUCAGGGUGCAACUGGUGCAGAGUGUGCCAAGUCAUACACCAAGGAGCAGCUGGAAGGGGUACAAAGGAUAAAAACUUGCAAAGACUACUAUGAAGUACUGGGAGUCACCAAGGAUGCAAGUGAUGAAGACCUGAAGAAAUCAUACAGAAAACUUGCCCUGAAGUUUCAUCCAGACAAAAACCAUGCCCCUGGAGCCACAGAAGCCUUUAAAAAGAUUGGCAAUGCCUAUGGCAUCCUUAGCAACCCAGACAAAAGGAAGCAAUAUGAUGUCACUGGAGGGGAGGAGCCUAGCAGCUCAGGGCAUGGACAUGGCAACUUCAACUUCCAGCAUGGCAGCUUUGAAGCAGAUAUCACUCCAGAGGACCUUUUCAAUAUGUUCUUUGGUGGAAGUUUCACAUCAAACGCACACACAUUCACCAAUGGCAGAACACGGUACAGUCACCCGGAGCCCACUCGUCGCCAGCAAACGGAAGAAAGGGGUGAUGGUGGAUUUUCCAUGUUCAUCCAGCUGAUGCCCAUCGUGGUUCUACUCCUGGUGUCUAUACUCAGCCAGAUGAUGGUGUCCACUCCUCCAUAUAGUCUCUACUCUAAACAGUCAACAGGCCAGACCAUCAGGAGGCAGACAGAGAAUCUUCAAGUGGAUUACUUUGUGAACAGAGACUUCAAAUCAGAAUACAAGGGUACAGCAUUGCAGAAAAUUGAAAAGAGCGUAGAAGAGGACUAUGUUUCAAACGUACGGAACAACUGCUGGAAGGAGAGACAAACAAAAACAGACUUGUUGUAUGCUGCCAAGGUUUACAGAGAUGAGCGUUUACGGCGGAAAGCGGAACAGAUGACUAUGGAUAACUGUCAAGAACUUGACAGACUAAAUGGCUUAUUCCGUGGAGGAUGAGGCCCAAGUCUCUGGACAAUUUGUAGAGUAUAUAUGAGAAAAUGUAUGUAAAUAAUAUAUGUAAAUGUGUUUUUGAAAGACCAUGCAGAUAGGAACGAGAUCAAUCUAAAUCAGACCAAUGCGUACCAUCCUGUAUGGUCUUCAGUUGUGACCAACACUCUGACUUACCCCACGGAAACCACCUUGGUGCAUCACAAUGAGCCAACAGAAAAGUGUGCCCUCUUCCAGAAAGUGCACAGUGACAGAACUUUGAAUCCUUUUACUCAUGCUCAUGGAAGAAGAUGCUAGUCAGAAGAUUUUUUUAUUUUAUUACUAAUGGACAGACUGCGAAGCGAACUGUUUAAAGACCUUGACCUUGAUGCCAACCUAAUGGAGGCACACAUAGAUUAUUCUUAAUUGUGAAUUUCACACCAUCAAAAGACACUCCAUUUUGAAACCCAUAGAAGACAACUAGUAUCCUCAAUAAUUCAUCAUAGUAGUAUGCUUCCCUACUGUUCAAGACAAUUUUCAUUGCGAAGAAGACGGAACUGUAAUGCAACUGAUUUGGAACUCAACUUGUUCCUGAGGUCACUGCUUGGUGUUGGCAUCUUGCUAAAUAGACUACUGAACCAUAUGAUUCAUGGCAUUAACUGUUUUUUUCUGAAUGUCUAAAGUUAUGAAGUAAUUGUUGAGAUUUUCAAACACUGUAUUUCUUCAUUGCUUGACUAAUCAUUUGAAUAAAGACUAAAUUAUUAGCCAUAA